AUUGUAAAAAGGGCUACAACAAAUAAGUCAACUUACGAUGAUGUUAUCAAAUAUGGUUUAGUAUUAAUCACUUUGUCUAUUCAAGUAAUUAUUAAUGACACGUUGAAUAAUCGAGUAUUAAAAAUUUUAGGACCGAAAGUAAAAUGGGUUAGACAUGGUAGAUGGGUUGUUGAUGGAAAAUUCUAUACAUCAGCUGGAG